UUGUGGUGGCUUUUAUCCUCCACGCCCACCUGUCUGCGCUAUAACUGCAGCCUGCGCACAGCAGCAGUGGCACAGCCGCACCCCCCUCCACCCCCCCACCCACCCACACCUUCAACCCUCCAACCCUCACCGGGCAGUGGCAUGGAGAGGCUCAACUCAAACGCUUUAGUGAAAAUGGAAGCCAACAUUGUCGUGAUGGGGACGGAAAGCGUCGGGAAAUCAGCUCUGACGGUGCGCCUCCUGACUGGGAAAUUCAUCGGGGAAUACGGGGACAUCGAGUCCAUUUACAGUCGGGAUUUUACAUUAGACGGGAGAGGAGUCACUCUCAAUAUUUGGGAUUCACCUUACUCUGAGGACUUGGCGGCCGAAAUGUCCCUCUUCUGUAAGAAGGUCCGGUGGGCAGAUGGUUACGUCCUGGUCUACAGCAUCUGCGACCGGGCCAGCUUCAACGCCGUCAGCAGGCUCGUUCAGAGGAUCAAGUCCUCCAAAGAUCACCUGGGGACGGACAAAGUGCCCAUUGUCGUCGUGGGGAACAAAAAGGACCUCCACCACAGACGGACAGUCCAGAGCGAGGAGGGCCGGCUGCUGGCCCUGAGCACGGACUGCCUCUUCUACGAGGUGUCGGCAGCGGAGAACUACCACAGCGUGAUCGCUCUGUUUCACGGCCUGGUGGACAGAAUCAAGGACGUCAGGCCGGUGAUGAAAAGGCCUCUGAGGUUCAAGGGCAUAGUCAAAAGCAUGUCUGCGGUGUUUACCAGGAGACGGACAGACUCACUGUAGUGAGAGAAUGGCGAGCAGGGAAGGAGACGUCCUGCAAGGAAUGGACAGGAGAGUCUUUCACUACAGAGAUGGACCUGUUUGAGGGGCAUAAGGACUCCAAGUGAAAGAACCUUCGAAACAAUCGGACAAAGGAAUCAGGUGUUCUCUUCACCUCGAAGUUGACUUGGCUGAUGAAAACAAGUGGAUGAUAAUCUGAUUUCCUAAACAGACACUUUACAUGGAAUAUUCUUCAGUUUUUAAAGCUCGGUCGGCUUUAAGCUUGUUUCGGAUGUUUUACAAGACAUGGCUUCAGAUAGGAGGAAAUUCUAUGCACACAAUGAAGGUGUCUGUAUUGCAUUAGUAAGACAUAUUGUAUUAAGACCGAAAAGAUAUAUGUUUUUAAACCAUUGUAAGAUUCAAAACGUGCACAAAACGGACUGGUUUCGAGUGUCAUUACAUUUUUUAAUAAUAUAUAUUUCGGUUCUCAUGUGAGUCUCAGGGCAAAGUACAUAAUGAUACAUCAUGCAAAGAGGGACAAUUCCAGGUGGGGAAAAAUUCAUAUUUAGCAGAGUUAAAAUGGAGCUCAUUAAAUACAAGUGACCUGAAACAUCAGACUUAAAUCACUGACAAGUUAAAACAGUGAAACAAAUGUGCAUUAACUGAGUUAAAAUAGGUCCCAGCUUUCUCGAGGCCCGUUUUAUCUCUUGAAUUGAAUGUAUGCCACGAAGAGGGCAAAUUGUUUGCGUAAGGUUUUAUAACUUGCAAGGUUUUUUAAAUAAAAUGAUUGCU